UUAAAGGAAAUUGACAUCCUCUGUAUGCAUACAUAGUAUAUGCAUAUAUCUAUAUUUAUGUCUUACUUUGCCUUAGUUUUAGUACACGAAAUAGAGCAGUAAACGAAAAAUCAAGAGCUACAGCUGAAGCGAGGAGAGCAGCGGAGAGGCAAGAGACGGUAAGGGAGGGGGAGGGCGAGUGAGGGAGAGAGAGAGAGAGAGUUUGAGCCCGUGACGCCGAGAUGUUCAUGAUCAUUCGAGAGACGAACGCAGCAGGAGGCGGUGGAGGAAUGAGCGCACCGCCAGAGAGGAGCGCAAAACAACCCCUCUAUCCCACCACCCAUCAGGUACAGGCCGCGAUCAAGAAGAAGCUGGAGAAGCAGAAGAAGCGAACUAACGGAAACGGAGGAGGUGCUAGUGAGGCUCAGACCGGCACACCUCAGACCUCUCGACGUCAGAAAUCCUCCGGCAUGGCAAAAGCAGCAUCCGCUGCGGAGAAACAGGAGUUGGAGGAGACCCUAGAAGAGAUGAUGGAGGGAGCAGAGAAGGCAGAGGAGGUGGAGGAGGAGAAAGAGGAGGUGGAUUCUGCGGACCUGUUGCCCAUAGUGGACUCUAUGUUUGGACAGGACAGAGAGCUGAGACCAGAGGAGAUUGAAGAGCUCCGUGAGGCGUUUGAGGAGUUCGACAGGAACAAAAAGGGCUACAUCAAGUGUCAAGACCUGGGGGAGUGUAUGAGGACCAUGGGAUACAUGCCAACAGAGAUGGAGAUCAUUGAACUGAGCCAGCAGAUCGGUGGAGGUAAAAUAGACUUUGAGGACUUUGUGGAGCUGAUGGGACCCAAGAUGCUGGAAGAGACAGCAGACAUGAUCGGAGUCAAAGAACUACGAGAUGCAUUCAAAGAGUUUGACUCUAAUGGUGAUGGUCAGAUCAGUUUAAAUGAGUUGCGUGAGGCCAUGAAGAAGCUGAUGGGAGAACAACUGACCAACAAAGAGAUCAACGAGAUCCUUCGAGAUGUCGACCUCAACGGAGACGGUCUGGUGGACUUUGAGGAAUUUGUGCGAAUGAUGUCCCGCUGACCAGCUGACUACAUCAGAUGGAUACAGGCAGACAGACAUUAUGCAACUGGAUUAGUUAACACACUACAUUGUAGUGAACAUUAUUCUUCUGCUCUUAAGAGCACUAAUCUAAAAGUGUAUUUUUGUAUUAAAUAAUUAAAAAAUGAAGAAAAAAAAAUAGACAAAUAGCAUCCAGCCUACAACUGACACAAGUAUUUACAUUUGAGGUGCAGCACAGUGUUUCAACUAUAAUACAUAUCAAUAGCUUCAUAGACAACCAUAUUUUUAUAUAAUCAGUGUUUGUCCUUUGAGUCAACUCUUGUUUGUAAAACUGUGAAACUUUUUUUAAAAUUAAAAACGUGCACAAA